CCCAAGUCCCAAGUCCCAACCGCCGCCUGCUCCGUUCCCCUCCUCUCCUCCUCCGCCCCUGGGCACCUCCGGGUGGAUACCCUAGUCCUCCGAGGAGGGCCACCCGUCUCCUCGGCGGUUGGCCAUGGCGGAGAACCCCGGUGCGGAAGGCGGCGGCGCCAAGGUGGCGGCGGCGGCGGCGGCGCAGGCCGAGAGGCGCGCCGCGCUCGGGGACCUCACCAACGUCGUCGCCGGCGGGCGCAGGCUAGGAGGGGUACUCACGGAAAAGGAAGUGGAUGAAGCUACAAAGUUAAAACUUUGCUCCACAAAUGCUGAGUGGUUAAAAGAAAAGCUAUUGGAGAAGCAGGGGCACAGGGAAAGGGCAGAGAUGGAACUACCAAAGCUGAAGAAACUUGAAGCUAAAGCAGAUAAGCUAGAGCUUGAAUUAGGAUCAUGUAAACUGCUGUUCAGUGACAAACCUGACAUGUCUCCUUAUGGUGAUGUACAUCAAAAGCAAGCAUUAACAAAUUUGAAUGAAAUUGGUGAAGCUACCGUUGCUAAGGAUAGUGCUGAAAGUGGAACUGGGGAGGUCAGCUGGCUUGAACAUCCGCUUGCUGCAGUUAGUGAAGAAAGAGAUAAACCGAUAAAGGACCAAUCUAUGCUGAAUAAACAAGAAACAAGAAAUGCUGAUGAUACAUCGUUGAAGGAUAUGUUGUCUGGUUUAAAUGGAAUGGACAAAAUAUUUGUAACACUGGAGAGAACUAUGGACGAAAUGAUUAGUCGUCAGCAAGAUGUUCGUAUUUUCAAUGAAAGGUUAAGCAUCGAAAGAAGCAAAGUGAAGUCUUUAGAGCAAGAGAUAGAUCAGCUACGUUCACAGGUGGCCCUACUGCAGUCGAAGUUAGAUCAUGGGGAAGACUCUGCCUCAAGCACAAAAGUACCAUGUGCAAUAGAUACUCUUUCAGUGGAUAGUGAAGCGAAGACCAAGCUAAGCGAAAAAGAAGAUAGGUUGUGGGCAGUUAAAGAAUUAAAAGGACAAGCUGGUGGUGCAAAGAAACAACCUAUUUGCAUUGAAAUACGUGAUGAGGAGGAUACAUGCCUGUGGUGCGAUGAUGAUGUGAAAUCUUCUCUCAUACCAAAUGACUCUGGCAGUGGAGAACCAGGGUCUGAAUUAUGGGAUUGUACGGGGAAUGAUGAAUGUUUUUUCCGUGGAAAUAAACUAAUGCUCUCUUCUGGAAUGAAGAAACACCUGAGAGAGCUCUGUGGUUAUGCCCCACCAGAGAUCCCAUUUUAUGUAUACCAAAUGAAUAAAUCAAACGUGAAGAGAAAGGGAAGGAUGCGGCUCUCUGCAAAGUACAUCUCUAGGCCAUUGCUUUCUUGCCUGAAUAAAGGGGUGGGCUUUGCUCAUUUUGAAGUAGAUGGGCAAGAUCGUGGUACUGUUAGAGUGCAGCUUAAUGCAGAUGGCCGUGCGAGUCUCACAAUGGGCUGGGAAAACGUGGUUGCAGCUAAGGAUAUUAAAGUUGGUGACAUAUGUGCCUUUCACUUCAGGAUUUCUGAUGGUGUUCUUAAGCUGUCCAUCCAUGUGUUCCAUGCGGUACGCCACUUGGUGUGUGCGAGAUAAGUGCAAGCCAAGUGUUUUUGGCCGUCCAUUUAGUGCAGUUAACAUUGCUAGGACUUAACCAGUGUAACUAGAUCAGCAUGAAGUACCAAAGCAGCAGUAUCCUAUCUCAUCUGGCAGUGUUUACCUGAGGCACUUGUUCCUCUAAACGUAAUUUUAAUGGUGGGUGCAUAUAUCAUGCAGCAAGACAUGUGGUACUCAAUUGCACUUUGUCAGCAUUCACUACCA